AUGCAAUUAUUGUGGAUAUCUAAUGAAGAAAAGCUUAAAAAUGCUAAUUCAAAUAAUAAACAUGUUGGUGCUAGAAAAGCUUUGUUUUAUCUAGAGGCUAAAGAAGAACUUGUCAAAUGGUUAAAUGAACUUCAUUUAGCUGAAAUUGCUAUAACUGCAAAUAAAGAAAAUAAUGAUAAUGAAGAUUUAGCAGAAAUAGUUGAUAAAAAUAGUUUUUCUGCAGAAGAAUUGGAUUUAAAAGAUUAA